AUGAGCGAGUCGUGGACGUACAACACCCCGCCGGGGACCUUAUCCACGGGACCCCAGAUCACGGCCAUUGCGUUGGCGUUUACGGCACUGUCGCUGAUCAUCUUGAUGUUGCGGUUAUACGUCCGUGUGAUCAUGCUCAAGGCUGCUGGCUCAGAUGACUGGGUCAUUUUUGUUACAUGGUUUGCCGCUUGUGGAUUCGCAGUCGUCAGCACCGUCCAAACAAAAUGGGGCCUUGGUCUCAAGAGGUUGGAAGACAUGCCUGCGGAGAAUGUCUACAACUUUGGUGUUCUACAAUACGCCGGUGCUCCUUUCUACAUUAGCAGUAUUCUUGGCUUCAAGAUCAGCUUGCUUCUCUCGUAUCUCCGCUUCAUCCCGAAGGGUUCCUACCGAUGGGCAGUUUUCGUCACCAUUGGUCUUUGCGUCUCAUACCACCUUGCCUUUCUCCUCGUCCAGAUAAAUCUAUGCACACCGGUAGGUCUCCCCGGUCUCUUGUUACAAGACAAGCCAGACAUUGACAAAGAGCAGAUCGCAAAGCAAUGGGAUCCCACAAUCACCAACGGCUCCUGCCUUCCAAGUGUUCCCUUUUAUACCAGCAUGGCGUCUCUGACGAUUGCGUUUGACCUUGUCGUCAUGUUCCUCCCCUUCCCCGUCCUUGCAUCGUCCAAGAUCCAGAAGCGCAAGAAGAUCGUCCUGCUCGGCCUCUUCGGCCUCGGCGCCUUCAUCACCGUCAUCCAAAUCAUCCGAAUCCAAACCGUUCACGCCCUCGCCAACUACCUCGACUCCUCGCCCCUCAUCAUGUGGUCCUCAAUCGAAAACAAUCUCGGCAUCAUCGUCUGCUGCAUCCCCACCCUCGCGCCCCUCGUCAAGUAUUUCAACGAAAAGAGCAAGUCCGGGAGCCGAAGCAACAAGUACGGCGCCGCGAGCGGCUACGGAAAGACGGGACAGAGCGGCAACGUGGGGAGCAGAUACGCGCUGCAGAGCUGGCGGCCGGGCAUGAGCGGUAUGCAGCCGCUCAGCAGCGGGACCGAUCACAGCGAGCAAGAGCUUGGGGUCCAGAGUUCGAGAGUAGGAAAGGGGUCGGAUGACGGCAGCGCCGACUUUCAUCUUGAUGCGCCAGUUAUCGUCAAGAAGACGGAGUUUGUGGUCACGAGCAAUCCUAGGCUGCCAGGGGAGGUUGUUUGA